GGGCGACUCGCCGCCGCGGCGCGUGGCGGCGCUCGCCGCGGCCACCAGCAGCGCCCGCGGCGUGGGCGAGCCCAGUCCGGCGCCGCAGAGGCUCCAGCCUGGCGCGCUGGCCACGCUCGAGCAGAGGGCGCUCGAUGGCACGCCGCCCCGGCGCGUCGCGUCGACCGCGUCGCUCGCGACGGGCGUUUCCGACGGCUUCGGGCCGCCGUCGCACCAGGCGGCGAGCCUGCAGAGGGCGUCCCAGCGGCCGCUGUCGCCGAAGAGCUCGCAGAGCAGGCUCUCCACCAGGAACUCGCCGCCGUCGGGCGGAGGCUCCCCACCCUCAGCCCCUCGGCCGCGCUCGGCGGCGCCGAAGGCCCGGGGCAUCGGCGAGCGUUUCGGCUUCCUGCUGGACUUCGCGCGGGGCGGCGGGCAGCGCCUGGCGGCGGCGGACCCGGCGCGCUGGCAGGAGUUUGCGGCGGGGCUGGAGGCCGCCAUGGAUUCUGAGCUGACGGCGCACCUGAAGGGCUGCGCCAGGUGCCGGGCCUGCUCCGCGUUCUCGCCGGGCCAGCAGCAGCCCAGGCACGGCGCGAGGUCGGGCGCCGCGCCCGAGCUGUCCGAGGCUUCCUUGAGCUCGAUCUGCAAGGAGGCGCAGCACAUGCUCGACGAGCUCGUCGCGAUCGAGCUGGUGCGGGAGAAGGACACGAUGAUCUCCGUCAUGUCCCACUCGCUGAACAUCCCCUCACUGCAGCUGGACAGCCUCGAGGGCGUGAAGGAGCACCUCCUGGACCCCGAAAUUGUCUCGCUGGUAGCCUGCGCCGGCGAGCAGGACCGCGUCGUCGCGCAGGCGCACAUGAGAGAGGAGCUCAGGCCGGCCCUCGCCAGUCUGAGCAACAUCCACGCGGCGCUAGAGCAGUGGCAGGCGACCAACACCUGUCCGUGCGCGACCCCAUCCCGCACAGGCUCCGCUCCUCCGUCUCCUGGGCGGACGUGGAGCAGGCGGCGGCCCAGGCCACCCUGGCCCGCACGGCCUCCGCGGCCGCGCUCGCCGCCCGGUGGGAGCAGAAGUGGAGCCCAGCCACCUUCGGGGAGGUGUUCUCCCUCUUCGGGUCCCCGCUGUACGCGCUCGACCUGUCACGCCGCGUCCACUUCGGUGGCCCUCGACCGGCGCGCCGUCGCUGGAGGGCCCGCUGGGGCCUGCUGGCGCGCGGAGGCGGAGGACCUCCGGAGGACGCCCCGUUGGCUCGCGAGGAGCUGGAGGCGUUACCGAGGACCGAUGCUGGUGGCGGUGAGGGUGCGGCCGAUGCUGGGGCAUGAGGCAGGCGACGAGAUCUCGUGCCGGGCCCUGGAAGACAGGAGGACGAUCAGCUUCAUGUCGCCCGCCAUGCAGCGCACGGACUCGGGCCACGAGACCCUUCACUUCCACGCCGUGCUGGAGGGCAGCCAGACGGAGCUGUUCGCCCUGUCUGGCGUCAAGGGGCUAGUGCAGAAGGCGGUCGAGGGGCACACGGCCACCGUGUUCGCCUAUGGCCAGACAGGCGCGGGGAAAACGCACUCCAUGCUUGGUCCAGCCGACUGCAUGACUCAGCUGGCGGACGACGAGGUGAUAGACGCGAGCGGUCGCCUGCCAGAUUCUUGUCGAGAGCUCAUCGACAACGCGCGGCGCGCCAAGGUCUGCGGUCAGGGCGUCCUGCCCCGCUCGGUGCAGUUUGUCUUUCGGAUGCUGCUGGAGAGGAGCCCCAAGGGUGACAGCCAGCCGACCGUUCAGAUCACCUUCAUGGAGAUCUACAACGAGAAGGUGUUCGACCUUCUCAACCCGUCCGGCAUUGAGCUGCAGGUCAGGCAGAAGCCGAGCGACCAGGAGGGGAUUGGCUUCCACGUGCCCGAGCUCACGUCCCUGCGCUGCACGGAGCCGGGCGAGGCGCUCGAGGCGCUGCGGCGCGGCGCGGUCGCGCGGCACACCAGCGGCCACUCGGGCAGCCGGGACUCGUCGCGGGCGCACGCGAUUUUCUCCAUGGAGUUCGAGUGCGGCGGCGGCAGGCAGGGGAAGCUGGUGUUCGCGGACCUGGCCGGCUCGGAGCGCACGAAGCGCAUCCGGGGCAAUGACCAGACCGAGUCGGCCAACAUCAACAAGUCCCUCCUCAUGCUGUCCAACUGCGUGUCCGCGCUCGCACAGCAGUCCGUCUCCAACGAGGACCCUCGGGGCCUCCUAGGGUCGCCUACGGGGCUGGCGCGGACCUUGUGA